UUCAGGAUCCGACUGACAAAAAGUUUUGGUUGGGUUUUGUUUGUAUCUCGCAAACGGAGCGUGAGUGUGGUGCAUGUCGGAGUCAAUACGGGUUUUACGAUUAGUCGGCGAUAUUGCUGUCUUCGCAUGCUGUGGCGUUCCACUCAUCAUAAUCGAACUAUUUGCCAAACCUUACAAGAGAGGAUUUUACUGCGAUGACGAGAGUAUUCGCUAUCCAUAUCUUAAGGAUACGGUGUCAACAGCGGUUCUUGGCGCCGGUGGUAUAGCAAUCGGGUUGGUCACUAUAAUCGCUACUGAAGUAAUACGAUUGAUAUUGGAGCGAAACUAUACGGACGAGUUCCUAUCAUAUCGUUUGUGUUGUUGCGAAAUUCAUCGGAUUUUUGUCCGACUUUACUGCUUUAUAGGUUACUUCCUUCUUGGUUUCAUUUUCGAACAGCUUUUGGUCGAUAUCGGGAAAUAUACUAUUGGACGUCAUCGACCACAUUUUAUGGAUGUGUGUCGACCAGAUAUAGGAUAUGACACGUGUACUUCACCAGAGCAGUACGUCACGAAUUUCACCUGCACUGGCGAUGAUCAACAUUUGAUAAAGGAAUCCAAGUUGUCGUUUUUCUCAGGACAUUCAGCUUUCAGUUUUUAUGUAGCCUGGUUCUGCUCGCUGUACUUACGGGCCCGAUUUUAUCGACCCGUGUUCUCUCGAUUGUUUGUGCCAGCCAUCCAGUUUCUACUGCUUGGUUUAGCCGGUUGGGUUGCUCUAACUCGAGUAUCAGAUUACAAACACCAUUGGUCAGACGUCUUAGUAGGAACAAUAAUUGGAAGUGUAGUGGGAAUACUUAUGGCACUCCAUGUGGCAGAAGUUUUUGAUCGCAGAGAAGUCCCUUCUUCUUACUCGCCGAGAAAGUUUGGAGUGGUCUCAGUAUAAUUGUUUUUGUUGGGGUUGUUGACAUGACGAACUGCUCUAGUCCAGCAAUGUAUAAAUUAAUUUCAAUUAACAAGUUGCGCAACGUUGUGGAAAAUGGUCAGAUUAACAAAUAUAAUAUUGUAAUUUGGUUGCCCUUUUUUCUUGAAACCUCGAUGUGUCUUAUGCUUAUGUUAAUCUUGCUAUGUCAGAACAGAGUUUGGUGAAGCCUUCUAUUAGUGCGGCUUUACGGGUUUAUCGUCGUCUUCAGAGGCCUAAAGUGGUGCGAGAUUUAGAUCUUAUGCUUGCUAGUUGCGUCCUCUCCUUUGAUUUCACAAGCAAAAUACGCAUAAAGAGGAAGACGAACCAACCUCAGCGCCGCUUAGCCGUAAGAUGAUAGGGCAUUUGGUGGAAUAAGCAUAAUCUAAAUCUUGCACCACCUUAGGCCUCAGAGUACGAUGAUAAGUCGAAACGUAAGGCCGCGCUAAUAAAAGGCUUCAUCAAACCUUGUACUGGAAUAUUAUAAUAUUGUAAGUUUUUUGUUGUUUCUGUAUUUUGACAUUUCGAGAAUUGCUCAAAAACAGAGCUGCUCCUUUCUAAGCAUUUGUGUAGCUGCUUACUUUGUUUGCUUGAAAGAACCGUCAUUUCAAAUAAACACAUCUGAACCUUAUAA